AUGGUGCUGAGUAAAAGCAAGCGCACCUAUCCACGCGCCACAAUUCGCAAGAUUAUCAAGGCGCAUUGCGAAAAGAAUGUCGGACGAAAUGUCGAUGCACUCAUCUACCUCGACUACAUCCUCUUCGUGCAGCGACUGAUGCAGAAUGCGACAAGGAAGGCCAAGGAGGCUGAUGAGAAGAGACUACAAGCAAAAGACAUACGGAAGGUCACUAUGACUAACGAGAUUGGUGUCAGACGACCUUGA